AUGAACCAACAACACAAUAAUAACCCAGUUUUUACACCCCAUGAUCUCACAGGCAAAGUGUUCACAUUUCCCAUGGAGUCCAACCAGGCCUAUGUAACCCUGACUCCUAACGUGGAAAGGAUCUUCUUCCAUCUAUCUGUCUGUCUGCGAUUCUUCUCUGACAUGCAGAGAGCUCAGAGCCUUUUCUCUCUAUCUGUCCCGACACACGUCGAUGCACUUUUAUUAAUGAAAUCAAAUGAUUUUUACUCUGUAUCAGUAAAUAAUGUCAUUGCAAAAUUCUGGGGCUUAGAUAAUAAGCCAAAUGUCUGGAACUCUGCAUGUUUCACUUGGGAUGCUGGUACAGGACUCACUCAGUUGUGGAUUAAUGGAAAUCCAAGUGCUAGAAAGGGAAUUGAUCCUGGUGGUUCUAUACUUGGAACUCCCAAAAUUAUUUUAGGUCAAGACCAGGAUAUCUAUGGAGGAGGAUUUCAUAUCUCAGAGACUUUUGUUGGAAUGCUGUCUGAUGUUCACAUGUGGGACCGUGUGCUGACUCCCACUGAGAUCCUAAACUAUUCCAAUAGAGCGAUAUUUCCACCUGGGAAUAUUCUCAACUGGGGCUCUCUGGAAUACACCAGAGUUCAUUAUGUUGUCGUUGAAAGCCAUCAGUUCAGUGGCAGUGCUCGUGACUCAGAUUAUGGCCUUGAAGUUGCCUAUCUAAGACAAUUCUGA